AUGGCAAGCUCUCUACCGUCUCUAGCGAUCCCGGGCCAGCGCCUAGGCCCCGCUGGGACCUACUCCGCCGGCCCUGGGACUCAUGUCCACCAUUCACACAUCUACGCAUCAAUCGCUGGUCCGGUUUUUGUCGACCAAGCGCAGUCGAGCUCUACGGCGAAGUCAGUAGUUAGCGUCUCAAGGACGAUGAGAAAAGCGACAGCAGCUACAAGUACACCUACACAGUCUACAGUACCCGCCUCAACCACGUCGUCAAAGCCAAAGCCCAAGUACAACACACUGCCAGCAGUCGACUCAGUCGUGCUGGCGCGCGUGACUCGCGUCCAGAAGCGACAAGCAACAGUCUCAAUUCUUGUGGUUCUAGACGAGUCCGCGAGCUCACAAUCACUGAACCCUUCACAGUCAGCGUCGGAUAAUGAUAACAUCGAGUCGAUUCUGUCUUCAGCCGCAAACCCGGAGAACCACAGCAGCUCCGACGAGCUUCGGUUUCAAGCGCUUAUCCGGAAGGAGGACGUACGAGCUGUGGAGAAAGACCGCGUUGUCCUGGAUGAGAUGUUCCGAGUUGGAGAUAUUGUUCGAGGAACGGUCAUCUCCCUCGGCGAUCAGAGCUUCUAUUAUAUCACGACGGCAAGGAAUGACCUUGGUGUUGUCAUGGCGCGCAGCGAAUCGGGUAAUAUGAUGUUCCCUGUUAGCUGGAAGGAGAUGAGAGACCCUGUUACCGGAGCUGCAGAACAGAGGAAGGUGGCACGGCCUUUCUGA